GCGGCGGCGGCGGCUACGUGGUGGGGCGGGCGGGGAGGGUCCGCGGCCGUGGCAGCCUCUGGGGUCGGGCCGUGGCCCGGAGGACCAGCGCAGCCGGGGUGUUCACUGACCAGAUCCCGCCCCCAGAGCCUCCGAGGCCAUGAGCACAACAGGCCCAGACAGUGGCCGCCAGGGCCUGGAUCUUCCCCGAAUCUCUUCCAGCUCCAGCAAAUAGAGUUUCUCAAGGGGCUGCUCCCUGAAGCCCCCCUAACUGGAAAGCAGACGCCAUCACUGCCACCGCUGGUCUCCGAACUCGGGCCGAGGUUUCCAGGACUGCCUGCCGGGAGCAGGGAGCUGGGGGCCUGGGGUGUCCCCGCAGGCGUGCCUCCCAGACAUCAGGUGCUCCCGAGGGCGUGCCCGCGUCCUCCCCAGCGCGGCCGCUCUCUGCCGUGGAGAGGUGUGGACAGGCUCUCCUCGCACUUCCAGGAGCUUGGUAUCCGCCAGGGCCAGGACGAGAGAGUCUCGGAGCUCGUCCUGCAGCAGCUCGGGGAAGGGACGGUUGCCACGGCCCAUGGUCUGGCUGGGAGGCUUGGAGUCCCGAAGAAGGAAGUCAAUCGAGUUCUGUAUUCUCUGGAGAAGAAGGGUCAGCUGUGUCGGGAGGCAGGAACGCCCCCUCUGUGGAGAGUUGCCGCUCAGGCCGCGAGCCGGCACAGCCGGGUAGCCAGCGCCCACGGCCGCAGCUGGGAGGUGCCCGCCUCGGAGCCCGGUUUGGAAACUGAAGACGGAAGCUCCGAGCCUGGCUUGGAAGGUCCUCCGGAGCCUUUGGACAUGGCCGAGAUCAGGGAGAAAGUCUGUGACUUCCUGUUCAACGUGUGUGGCGCCUCCGCCCUGAACGUGGCGAAGAACAUCGGUCUCAGCAGGGCGCGGGAUGUCACCGCCGUGCUCGUUGAGCUGGAGCGGCAGGGCGACGUGUACCGGCUGGGCGCCACGCCCCCCGUGUGGCACCUGACCGACAAGAAGCGGGAGCGCGUCCAGAUGAAGAGAAACGCGGCCGCCGUCCCCGAUACCAGAGGCGACGCGGCGCCCCCCUCCCGUCCCCGGGCCGCACCGGACACCUCGGACAGUGUCGCGGCCGCCGCGGUGCGGAAUGGGCAGGAGCCGGUCCUGAAGCUGGAGAGCAGGCAGGAGGCGGCGCCGGAGCCGGUGAGGCUGAAGCCGCCGGCGCACGACCACGGCCCCACGAGGACAGGCUACGUGGACUUCGAGAACGGCCAGUGGGCCACAGACGACAUCCCGGACGACCUGAACAGCAUCCGCGCCGCGCCGGGCGAGUUCCGCGCCAUCAUGGAGAUGCCGUCCUUCUACAGCCACGGCUGGCCGCGGUGCUCCCCCUACAAGAAGCUGACGGAGUGUCAGCUGAAGAACCCCAUCAGUGGGCUGCUCGAGUACGCCCAGUUCGCCAGCCAGACCUGCGAGUUCAACCUGCUGGAGCAGAGUGGGCCGCCCCACGAGCCUCGAUUUAAAUUCCAAGUCAUCAUUGGUGGCCGAGAAUUCCCCCCGGCGGAAGCCGGCAGCAAGAAGGUGGCCAAGCAGGACGCGGCCCUCAAAGCCAUGACCAUCCUGCUCGAGGAAGCAAAAGCCAAGGACGGGGGAAGACCAGAAGAGCCCUACGACUGCUCCCCAGAGAAGGGGUCAGAGAAGUCAGCAGAGUCCCAGCCCAGUGCCCCUUCCGCCGCAGCCUUGUUUUCGGGGAAGAACCCGGUCACCACCUUGCUGGAGUGUGUGCACAAGCUUGGGACCUCCUGCGAGUUCCGCCUCCUGUCCAGAGAAGGCCCCGCCCACGACCCCAAGUUCCAGUACUGUGUGGCCAUGGGAGCCCACACCUUCCCCACCGUGAGUGCCCCCAGCAAGAAAGUGGCCAAGCAGAUGGCAGCCGAGGAAGCCAUGAAGGCUCUGCACGGAGAGGCCACCAGCUCAGCACCUCUGGACACCCAGCCCGGGGGCGCGAGCACAGAGCCCUUCGAUAACCUGCAGUCCGGGCUGCCCAGCAAGGUCCGGAGGAUCGGCGAGCUCGUCCGGUACCUGAACACCAACCCCGUGGGCGGCCUGCUGGAGUACGCCCGCUCCCAUGGCUUCGCGGCCGAGUUCAAGCUGGUCGACCAGUCCGGCCCUCCGCAUGAGCCCAAGUUCGUUUACCAGGCGAAAGUUGGGGGUCGCUGGUUCCCAGCCGUCUGCGCGCACAGCAAGAAGCAGGGCAAGCAGGAAGCGGCAGAUGCGGCCCUGCGCGUCUUGAUUGGGGAGAACGAGAAGGCAGAGCGCAUGGGUUUCACAGAGGUAACCCCAGUGACAGGGGCCGGUCUCAGAAGAACUAUGCUCCUCUCCAGGUCCCCAGAAGCACAGCCAAAGACACUCCCGCUCAGCGGCAGCACGUUCCACGACCAGAUCGCCAUGCUGAGCCACCGCUGCUUCAACGCGCUCACCAACAGCUUCCAGCCCUCGCUGCUCGGCCGCAAGAUCCUGGCCGCCGUCAUCAUGAAGAAGGCCUCCGACGACCUGGGGGUGGUGGUCAGCCUGGGCACAGGGAACCGCUGCGUGAAGGGGGACUCGCUCAGCCUGAAGGGGGAGACCGUGAAUGACUGCCACGCGGAGAUCAUCUCCCGGCGAGGUUUCAUCAGGUUCCUCUAUAGCGAGCUGAUGAAGUACAACCCCCAGACGGCGAAGGAGAGCAUAUUUGAGCCUGCGAGGGGCGGAGAAAAGCUGCAGAUAAAGAAGAGUGUGUCGUUCCAUCUGUACAUCAGCACGGCCCCGUGUGGGGACGGCGCCCUCUUCGACAAGUCCUGCAGCGACCGCGCGGUGGAGAGCUCCGACUCCCGUCACUACCCCGUCUUCGAGAACCCCAAACAGGGCAAGCUGCGCACCAAGGUGGAGAACGGGGAAGGCACAAUCCCGGUGGAGUCCAGUGACAUCGUGCCCACGUGGGACGGCAUCCGGCUGGGGGAGCGGCUGCGCACCAUGUCCUGCAGCGACAAGAUCCUGCGCUGGAACGUGCUCGGCCUGCAGGGGGCGCUGCUGACCCACUUCCUGCAGCCGGUGUACCUCAAGUCCGUGACGCUGGGCUACCUCUUCAGCCAAGGGCACCUGACCCGCGCCAUCUGCUGCCGUGUGGCGAGGGACGGCAGCGCCUUCGAGGACGGGCUGCGGCCCCCCUUCGUGGUCAACCACCCCAAGGUGGGCCGCGUCAGCGUCUACGACUCCAAGCGGCAGUCGGGGAAGACGAAGGAGACGAGCGUGAACUGGUGCCUGGCGGACGGCCGCGACCUGGAGAUCCUGGACGGCACCCGAGGCACCGUGGACGGGCCGCGGAAUGAAUUGUCCCGGGUCUCCAAAAAGAACAUCUUCCUCCUCUUUAAGAAGCUCUGCUCCUUCCGGUGCCGCAGGGACCUGCUCAGACUGUCCUACGGUGAGGCCAAGAGAGCCGCCCGAGACUACGAGGUCGCCAAGAACUACUUCAAGAGAAGCCUGAAGGACAUGGGUUACGGGAACUGGAUCAGCAAGCCUCAGGAGGAGAAGAACUUCUACCUCUGCCCCGUGUGAGGGGCCAGGGACGGGGGACCCCGGUGGGCUGGAGCUCUCCUCGGCGCGUCUGUCUGGAGCCGUUCCUUUCCUCUUUUCUUUUUCUGGCGGAAGCACUCCAGUGACACCAGGAACUGGGGUGUCCCCGGGCCCUGCUUCUGCCGGGGGCCAGGCCCGCCCGCCCACCUGCCCCCUGCCCUCUCCACCGGGAGGGAAGCGCGUCGUCCCCUCUCGCCCACCACAUGAGCCCCCCAGCUCAGGCCCCUGCUUCCACCCCGUGUGUUUGCCGCACCCACGUCUCGGCGUCUGGGUCAGGCCAGGCCGCGCCGAGUCCGGUCAGGGCUGGAGGCCUCUGUCUCCCUCUGCCCUUGGCGAUUCCCUCCUUAUGAUCGUUGUUUCUCCUUUCCUCCGC